GGGAUACCCUAUACUCACCGACCUAUGCGCCACGGAGAACAAAAGGGGCGUAUCGCCUGAGCGAUUUCAUUAUCCAGAGGACCUUGGGGAUGGGCAGUUUCGGCCGUGUUCAUCUUGUGCGGAGUAAACACAAUCUGCGGUUCUACGCGGUGAAAGUGUUGAACAAGGAGAAGAUCGUGCGCACGAAGCAGGUGUCGCACACGAACGACGAGCAGCAUAUGCUUAUGGCCGUUCAGCAUCCCUUCAUUAUCAACCUCUGGGGAUGCUUUCAAGAUUCAUUAAACCUCUAUAUGGUGAUGGACUACGUCCCCGGCGGGGAGCUCUUCACUCUCUUACGCCGGUCAAAUCGCUUCCCGGAUCCUGUGGCGAAGUUCUAUGCCGCAGAGGUUGCCCUCGCUCUCCACCAUCUUCACAGCCUCGACAUCAUCUACCGAGACCUCAAGCCCGAAAACAUACUAUUGAACUUUGACGGGCACAUCAAAAUCGCGGAUUUCGGAUUUGCGAAGCACUGCGACACGACGACGUGGACGCUCUGCGGUACACCCGACUACCUCGCUCCCGAAAUCAUCGGGAAGCAGCGGUACAACAAGAGCGUGGACUGGUACGCGCUGGGCGUGCUCAUCUUCGAGAUGCUCUCUGGCUUGCCGCCCUUCCACCAGCCCGACGGGAACCCCGUCAUCCUCUACGAGAAGAUCGGGCAUGGGCUCGCGUACAUCCGCUGGCCCCCCGUGUUCAGCGCACACUCGAUGGAUCUGAUCGAGCACCUGAUGGACAAGGACCCGUCGAAGCGCUACGGGAACUUGCACCAUGGCGCGGGGGACGUGUUCGCGCACCCGUGGUUCGCGGAGGUCGACUGGCGGAAGCUGCUGGCGAGGGAGAUCACGGCGCCGUACCUGCCGAAGAUCAACGGGGACGGCGAUUCCAGCGCCUUUGAGAAAUAUCCGGAGGACAACGCCACGCUGCAUUACGGGGCGUCCGGGCCCGAUCCUUUCGGGAACCAGUUCCCCGACUUUGACUACGCGGAGUCAUAGCCUCCCCGGUUGACGAUCUUGACGAGGCACGAUUAUUUAUUGUAUCGGUAGUUUCCUUUCCUACGGUCAUGAUUCGUUCCACGCCCUCGCGAUGUAUUCUGCGGACUGUAUACGUAGCUAAUGACUGUUCGACGUUCUGUACGCUCGGGAGGAGAUGUUAAUAGUCUUGUUGUACCCGUAGUGUACGCAAAAUGAGUCGCAGAAUGUUGGACUUGGU